UUUACCCCAGGGUCUUCAAAUGGUGCUUUAUUUCCCCUUUUCAGCCGCCCUGUGCGUGACACUCACUUCGGCCUGUUCGCUUCCCGCUACCAGAGACUGGCUCCACUGAAAACAGCUCGCCUCGCAGGGUUUUACCUCAGCUCAGGCAUACCGAGGUCUGGACUCACAGGCGAGGAGAGGAGAAACUUGCUGUAGCCUACUACUCUUUGUGUUUAAAACUCCGGGGAAAGUCCAGGAAGAAGCCAAAUGGUGUCGUGUUGUAUGUUUGGGGGUUUUACUUGACGAGUCAGCGUCAUGACUUCUGGCUAUGCGCAUGUAAUGGACAGACAAGACUCACUGACUAGCCGCCUGGAGAGCCCGAUAUCAGCCAACCUGGAAACACUGCAGGCCAAGAAGAACUUCUCCGUCAGUCACCUGUUGGAUCUGGAGGAGGCGCGGGAGAUGGUGGGGGCUCAGGCCGGCGAGGGCGCUGAGGAGGCGGGAAGGAGUAUGAUGGAGUCCCCGGGGCUGACCAGCGGCAGUGAUACGACGCAGCAGGAGAAUGAGUAUGUGACUUCUGAGGAGAAGAAGAAGAGGAAGCCUCGUCGUAACCGAACAACCUUCAACAGCAGUCAGUUGCAGGCGCUAGAGAGAGUGUUUGAGAAGACACACUACCCUGAUGCCUUCGUACGGGAGGACCUGGCACGCAGGGUUAACCUCAUUGAGACACGGGUACAGGUGUGGUUUCAGAACAGGAGGGCUAAGUUCCGUCGUAACGAGCGUGCCAUGCUGGCCAGUAAAAAUGCCUCCAUGAUAAAGGCCUACUCUCGUGACCUAGCGGCGGUGGAGCAGCCAAUCGUACCUCGCCCCGCCCCUCGACCCAAUGACUACCUGUCCUGGGGCUCCUCCUCACCCUACAGUUCCAUGGUAGCAUACCCCCCCACCUGUUCCCCCCCCACCUCAGCCCAGGGGAUGAACAUGGCUAACAGCAUCGCUAACCUCCGGCUCAAAGCCAAGGAGUACAGCCUCAACCAGGUGCCUACUGUCAACUGAUGAAGAGGAGGAGUACAGCCUCAACCAGGUGCCUACUGUCAACUGAUGAAGAGGAGGAGUAAGAUCAAAUCUUCUUCCAAAGUCUAGAGAGGUCUACAGAGCAAUCACGUUGACCCAAAGGAUGACACAACAACCAGUUGAAACUGCAGUCUUUGUUUUUGACGGCACAUCAUCAUUUAAAUGAAUGUAUUAAGUGUGUUUUUAUGUGCGUGAUCGUCGACAGAAAACUGGUCCUAAACACGAGAGAGCCUAUCCUGUCUAGCUACGUCGCCACGGUGACCAACCAUUGAGACUGAAUGUGAUGCAUUAAACCAGAGGGUAACUGACCGUAUUCAACAUUGUUACAGAGAGUUUUAGUUACCAACUUCCUCUCCUGACUCUGGCACCAACAGAAUAUCCGCCGCCUUUGCCUUAGAAUUUCAAACAUUUGGAGACUUUUGGGAGACUUGUUGAUAUUGAUAUCUACAUGUUUUGGGCUGGUUUGAAAACUUUUUGAACGUUUUUGUAGAAUUCUAGAGAACUCUGGACUGGUGAUGAAUUCUAGAGAACUCUGGACUCGUGAUGAAUUCUAGAGAACUCUGGACUCGUGAUGAAUUCUAGAGAACUCUGGACUGGUGAUGAAUUCUAGAGAACUCUGGACUCGUGAUGAAUUCUAACCCAAAACAAAGACAAAAAAAACUGUCAGACAAACUUUUCCCAGCAGUGGCCCGAGGAGCCACGCCUUCUCUCCUGGAGUUAUGAUAGUACUAUAUGGGACUUGGAAGGGGGAAGGAAAAGCCUGAACUUCACCUGUUAGCGCUGUUGGUAUUAUUUACGUUUGUUAAUGUCAUCAUGUGCCUCACAGCUCAAGUUGAUUUGACAUGCUUUGAUCGACCCCAUUAGUAUUUUGAAUUGAAUGAGGCCUAAUAGCUUUAAUCGUAUCUGUUUUAUAUCCUGAUAUAUCUUUAUUAGUAGCGAUCCUCUGCAAUAAAAGACAUGCUGUCAUUCACAGAAUACUUCACCGUACUGACACAGCAACGUUCUAGGAACGCUUCACAACGUUCUAGGAACGCUUCACAACGUUCUAGGAACGCUUCACAACGUUCUAGGAACGCUUCAUAAUGUUCUAGGAACGCUUCACAACGUUCUAGGAACGCUUCACAACGUUCUAGGAACGCUUCACAACGUUCUAGGAACGCUUCACAACGUUCUAGGAACGCUUCACAACGUUCUAGGAAUGCUUCAUAAUGUUCUUUUGACUUUUCCCAUGUUUAAAGAAGUAAACAAAUUCAACCUGCAGUCUCAGUAGCUAAAUGUUAAUGGAGGGAAAUCUGUCUAUAACGGGUCUGUGCUGAUUGGGUGUUUGGUAGAGAGUUCUAUGGGAAAUCUGUCUAUAACGGGUCUGUGCUGAUUGGGUGUUUGGUAGAGAGUUCUAUGGGAAAUCUGUCUAUAACGGGUCUGUGCUGAUUGGGUGUUUGGUAGAGAGUUCUAUGGGAAAUCUGUCUAUAACGGGUCUGUGCUGAUUGGGUGUUUGGUAGAGAGUUCUAUGGGAAAUCUGUCUAUAACGGGUCUGUGCUGAUUGGGUGUUUGGUAGAGAGUUCUAUGGGAAAUCUGUCUAUAACGGGUCUGUGUUGAUUGUGUGUUUGGUAGAGAGUUCUAUGGGAAAUCUGUCUAUAACGGGUCUGUGUUGAUUGUGUGUUUGGUAGAGAGUUCUAUGGGAAAUCUGUCUAUAACGGGUCUGUGUUGAUUGUGUGUUUGGUAGAGAGUUCUAUGGGAAAUCUGUCUAUAACGGGUCUGUGUUGAUUGUGUGUUUGGUAGAGAGUUCUAUGGGAAAUCUGUCUAUAACGGGUCUGUGUUGAUUGUGUGUUUGGUAGAGAGUUCUAUGGGAAAUCUGUCUAUAACGGGUCUGUGUUGAUUGUGUGUUUGGUAGAGAGUUCUAUGGGAAAUCUGUCUAUAACGGGUUUGUGUUGAUUGUGUGUUUGGUAGAGAGUUCUAUGAUAAUCAUAUACACUGAGUGUACAAAACAUUAGGAACACCUAAUAUUGAGUUUGUGCGCUACAAACUAAUAUGACCCAACUAUGGAGACCCUCAUCUCCGUUUUGCUUUACGAACCCCCACAAGUGUCACGGGACUCAUCUGAACA